AUGGCCCAUUACAAAGCCCCGGGCUUGAAGCGCAAGUGCGAGCAGUUCCGGAGGUACUUACUUGCAGAAGUCGGGUUGCUGGACAGGUUGACCAAGGUGUUGGUAACAUUAUAUGAAGAACCAGAGAAACCUAAUAGCGCUUUGGAUUUUUUAAAGCAUCGCUUAGGGGCUGCUAUCCCAGAAAAUCCAGAAAAUGAGCUGCUUCGCCUAGAAUUGGCAGGAAUGAAAGAGAAAUAUGAAGCCACUGUAGAAGCAAAUAAAACAAACUGA